UGGUGCGCCAACGCUGGAUCAGAAUGCCGGAACACAGCCCAGCGCCCACACCGCAUAGAGCCAUCUAUGGAUUUGCGUUCUACAUGCUCUUCACAAUACUCUUUAUCGUCUACGUGGCUUGGGCUUAUCUGCCAGUGGAACUCGGCUUGCAUUCCUAUCUUCCGGACAAGUACUUUGCGGUGUUUAUUCCAGUCCUAGCCCUGGUGGGCGCAUGGUUUUUCAUAGUAUUCAUAUAUCCUGCCAUAAAUCUGUCAUUAACGCCAAAUAUUGAUGCCAUCUCGUCGGUUGUAGAUCCGAAAGUGGCGCUUCCUAAGGGUACCGAGUUUACUGAUUGGGCACAGCUGCAAUGCAAACAACAGAACAUAAGCCCGACAAGGAACGCAACAGUGCCUUUAAAAUAUUGUGAUUUAUGUAGAACCACACACACGCCGAAUCAACGUGCCCCUAUAGCUCCAUUGCGCUUUAUGGACUUACAAGAAGUAAAUUCCGCCUAUUACAACUAACAAUUCGUGUUUUUAUU